AUGCCUCCCCCGCAGCCUUUUGUACUAGCAACAGGCGACGUUCUAUGCCUGGAUUGUGACGGCCAGACGGUCCUCGUCCCUCGCAUCGUCAGACGGGGUAAGCAUAUGGGCCGUGUCUACGUCAAGUGUCACAAGCCUCACGCGCAUACGAACAACCAGCACUACAUUUAUCCACCCGGCUCUAUCUCUCUCGAGGUCAUACAAAAGGCGUCUACCAACUUUUCGGACUCGCCGCUUCCCUCGCCGCUCCCUUCCCCACCUCCUAGCGUACCCGCUUCGCCCGUCUCGGGGCCAGCGCGUCUUCCCAAAUCCUUCACACCUUUCCCUAUGUCUCUCGACCCCACCUCUUCGUCUACGGCUGGACCUUCAGCUUCCCAGGCGAGCUCAACAUCCCGCAAGAAAAGGUGCCGCGCUGCUGUCAAGGACAACAAGGCGACCCCGGCUCUCAAGUGUGCACUUCCAGACUGCACGGGUCGUGCGCCCAGCUCGGCGUACGAGUGCGUUCGCCGCAUGUGCAUCACGCACUGCGGCUUCUUGGGUGGUUGCACAUCGGCACCUACGCACGUUGACCUUCGCCCAAAGCAGGGUCACUCUCAGCCCGGGCCGUCCACUUCUCAGGCAGAUCCGUCGGGUACUCAGGCGCUGGCGCUUGCCCUUGACGAAGCACUCUUGAAGAUCGACCCCGCCCUUCGCGCAUUGGCUCCUUCAGCAACUAGUAAAGGGAAGCAGCGCACGGUCGAGCCUGCUGCUCUGUCACUUCCAUCGAGCGGACGGGUUAGUACCACCGACGCGCUUCCGUUCGAAUCGACCCGGUACACCGUACAGAUGGACUCGACGUGGAACGGCAAGUACGAGAUCGACCAGGGGCGCAUGGUGCGAAAUAUCAGUGGGGAGCACCUUCGAAAGGCACGCCAGAAGGACGUCAAGAAGGUCCUUAAGGUGUUCAUAUACCACGAGGAUAACAUCGACCCAAAGCUUCUUUAUCUGCAGGGCCAGACUAAUCUUCCAUCAUGGCCGUAUUUCUCCCUCCUCGCCUGCGCCCAAUCUCGUCCAUUGGAACUCCCUUACCUACGCGAGGAUACCCUCGUCGACAAAUGGGACGCCGGCGAGUUUCAGCUAUGGGCCAGCUGCGACAUUGGACUCAUCCACACCGUGCGCGAGAACGACACUCUCCUCUUCAAGCUACGGGAGGUCAAACAGUGCUUCGGGCUCGACGUCCUCACCUGCCGCAUGGGCAAGAUGAAGACGCCCGUCAACGCCAUGCGCAAGACAGACAUAAGCCUCAUGCGAAAGCGUCCUCGCCCGUCCUCGCCCGACCUCCUGGCGUCUCCACAUUCCUCAGAUGAAUCGCCGUCCGAUUGCACUGUGCCCUCCCCUCCAGCUCGUUCUAUCCGUUGCAAGGUCUCCCCCGCAUCACCAGCAUCCUCGUCCUCCUCAUCGGCGCUCAUGUCGCCAUCCCCAUCAUGUCCAGACCCGUCUCCCUCGCGCCCAGGCCCAUCGCUUUUGCAGCCAGAGCGCCAUCUUCUCAAUCGCAUCGCCGGCCUUCCACUCCCGAGGCUACCGCCAUCUUUGACAGCCGUUCCCUCCCCUCCUUCCCCUCUCGGCCCGUCCCCCAUGCUGCCACCCAAGGCAUUUAUCCAGGAGCCCAAUGUCAUCCAGUGGCCGAGGGACUGGCAUGCAGCCGACAUCGUCAAUGGCCUAAUUUGGCUCCGGAGCCCCUCUCUUCGUGACAAGGGCCUUUCAGAAGGCUUCAAGUAUGUCUUUGGGGUGCGAUACGUUCGUUCGACCGUCUACGAGACGGUUGAUAAGUGGGGAAGGCUUGAGGCCCCUCACAGGCGGUCGCUUUACGAUGCCGCCCACACACCACUAGGUUACUGGAGGUCGAUCAAGAAGGACGGCGGCGAGAAGAAGAAGCGAGGGAAGAAGAAGGCUGAGAUUCCUGAGGAGACCGACCUCGACGUCUCCAAUGUCCCAGUGACACCUCGUAUCAAGGUUGAGUCCGCCAGUCCAGAGAUCCAAGUAGUGGAGGGGUUCUAG